UUGUUUCUUUUUUCUAAAGGACUGAGAGAUGCCACCAUGAUGGAGGAAGGGGCCAAAUGUUCACCGCGGUACAAGAAGCUGCCAUUGUAAACUUGGUUAGGGCAAAUAAUGAAAUCAGAUUACGAGAAAUUCAAAGCCACAUCAUCCAAGAAAACACAAUAUUCAGCAACAUUCAACAAGUCAGUCUUUCUACAUUGGCUCGCAUUCUCAAGCGAAACCAAAUCAGAAUGAAACAACUUUAUAAAGUGCCUUUUGAGAGAAACUCUCAAAGAAACAAAGAGCUCAGACGAGCAUAUGUGGAUACAGUACUGGAAAUGGAUGCUCAUGCAACUCCACAUGAGUUCAUCUUUAUAGAUGAGGCUGGGUUCAACCUAGCAAAGACCAGAAGAAGGGGAAGAAAUGUCAUUGGCCACAGAGCAAUUAUAAAUGUUCCUGGCCAACGUGGUGGGAACAUCACAAUGUGCGCUGCCAUCUCCAAUAUGCAUGGUGUCCUCCACCGCCAUGCCAACCUUGGACCAUACAACACAGCCCAUAUUCUCACAUUUCUGGGUAGACUCCACAACAUUCUCAUACCAGAGCGAAUGAAUGACGCAGACCGUCACAGAAACAGGUACGUUGUAGUAUGGGACAACGUGAGCUUUCAUCGUGCAGCCACAGUCCAAAACUGGUUUGCUGACCACCCACCAUUUCUCGUGCAAUACCUCCCACCAUACUCACCAUUUCUGAACCCCAUAGAAGAGUCCUUUUCAGCAUGGUGGUGGAAGGUAUAUGUCCGGCAGCCCUUUGUGCGCAUGACUCUUCUGCAGGCUAUGGAAGAGGCAUGUGAUGAAAUUGAUGUGGGUGCAAUUCAGGGAUGGAUAAGGCACUCAAGACGCUUCUUCCCUCAAUGUCUGGCAAAGGAAAAUAUUGCCUGUGAUGUGGACGUGGCAUUGUGGCCAGACCCAGCUGUACGGCAAGAAGCUGUCUAAUUAUUUUUCUUGCCUCUUUUUUCUAUUUUUUUUCUUGCAGAUUUCUUUUGUAUUUUUUUUCAGUUUAUUGUUUUUGUGAGCAUAUUUUUGUUUGUUCCAAUGUAUUUCUGCUGCAUUGCAUUGACUUGUUUUACUGAACAAUAAAAUAUUCAGCAGCA